AUGGCUUCGAAUACCAUCUCACUGUACAACAACCAGGACUCACAGGCGGCACGAUGGCAGGAAAGUCCAGCAAAUCCACACAAUUGGCCCCUCGGCAAGAAGCUCUACCACACAAGCAUUUGUGCCUCUUACGCCUUUACCAUCACCUUCAUGUCAUCGGUCUACGCUUCCGGCUAUAAAGAGGUUAUGCAACAGUUCCACGUCUCCUCCACGCUCUCCCUCCUCGGGGUGUCAUUGUUCUGUCUCGGACUAGCAUUUGGGCCAAUUAUCGCCGCGCCUUUGAGCGAAACCUUAGGCAGACUUGUCAUCUACCGGAUUAGUUUGCUUGUUGCUGGGAUCUUCAUUGUAGGAGCAGCUCUAUCCAACAGUCUUGCGGCUCUCCUGGUAUGUCGGUUCUUUGCCGGGCUUUUCGGAAGCCCGGCUCUGAGUAUCGGUGGAGGCACGAUUGCGGAUAUAUGGCCACCGAUUGCCAGGAUUCGUGCUACCUCCAUGUUCGUCCUGGCACCUAACCUUGGACCAAGCCUCGGACCCGUGCUGGGAGGCUUUGUUGCGGAAAAUAAAGGCUGGAGGUGGCUUGAGUGGGUAGGCGCUCUGCUCGCCGCAGUAACGUAUGUCUGGGCCCUCGGGAUGGAGGAGACAUAUCAAAAGACCAUUCUGAGAAAGAUAAAGAAGAAUGAGGAAAACGACGGUUCCAAUACACCAAAGGGGUCUUCUGGUCAGACUCUGCAUUUGUUGGGUAUCAUCAAAGAGUGGCUUUCAACCACUCUAGGAAGACCGCUGGUCAUGCUGCUAACAGAACCGAUUGUCCUCUUUUUCAGUCUUUACGUCGCUCUGAGUUUCGGCAUUCUAUACAGUUUCUUUGCCGCUGUCCCCUUGUGUUUGGCCAAAGCAUAUGGGUUUGAUGAUGGACGGUCUGGGCUGGCGUUUGUUGCCAUUGCGGUCGGAUGUUUGUUGGCCACCAUCACCGCCGUCGGCAUAGACUUGUGGUUGCUACACAAUCAACAGACACACCAGAUUCCUCCCUCUCGUAGACCCGAGACCAUCCUAUUCCCAGCCAUACUAGGAAGUCUUGGUCUUCCCACUGGAUUGUUCUGGUUUGGCUGGACAGUGCGACAAGAUAUCCAUUGGGCUAGUCCCGUUUGCGCUCUGGUUGUCUUUGCAUGGGGGAAUCUGUGUAUCUUUUCUUCUGCAGUGAGCUAUCUCAUCAACAGCUAUGGGCCAUUUUAUGGUGCCUCAGCACUGGCUGCAAACUCAUUUGCUCGGUAUGGAUUUGCCGCAGCUACUCCUCUUUUCACGGUUCAGAUGUACGAGGCACUGGAACCAGCAAAUGCAACCAGUAUUCUCGGCGGCUGUUCAGCCCUGAUGCUUCCCAUCCCAUGGAUUCUUUACAGAUGGGGUCCUACCAUUCGCAGGAUCAGUGGCCGUGCCAUUACAUCCGAGGGGUGA